AUGGGCUGCGGGUUGAGGAAACUGGAAGAGCCAGAGGACAGUAGCCCCGGGAAGAUAUACUCCACUCUGAAGAGACCGCAAGUGGAGACCAUAACAGACACCGUUUACGAGUAUGUGCUACUGGACUUCAGUUUGGAAGGUAGUCGCCCCACUGUGCAGUAUAUGUCCUCUCUGUGUGAGCUGCCACAGGCCCUGCAGCCCUACUACAUCCAGGGCUAUGUCCUCACCACCCUGCAUCCCAUCAUCCUCUCUGUUGGACGCACACGCUCCCUGCCCUUCAGCCUGCUCUACCGAGCCAUCCUCACCCGCCCACGACCCAGCAAGCAGGCGGUGUCCAUGUGUCACAGUGUUCCGGUGUUGAGGGUGGAGGAGUGGCCUAUCACAGGACAGUCUCUGACGGGUGACAAUGUUAGAGCACUGAUUGACAGGGUGAACAGUAGUGCCCGGGGGGGCGUGAGGUUUGUGGGCUCGGUGCUCCAGCCGGCUGGAGGAGGGGGCAGUAACGAUAGAAUGCCUAGCCCCAGGAGGGGCUGCCGAUCCCUCCCACGCACUCCUCCAUGUACCCCUCCUGGUGAUGGAGAAACAGACCUGGAGGAGCACAGCCCUACCUACAGCCCUGACCUGAGGUUGCUGGUGUUUUUCCACUCGUGGGCACCAGGCUGUGCUCUGCUGGACGCUCUGACCUGCCAGUACCACCAGGGGGCACUGUCCAUGCGCGUGUCCAGGAAGGGUCAGAUGGUCAGCUCACUGGAGGCCGAUUGGCUGGAGCUGACUGCAGCCUACUACCGCAAAGGCUGGUCAUUGGUGGACUCGUUUGUGUACUGGGACACACCCAAAGGUGAGCCCGUGCCCAGGUCACUAGAGGGGCUGUUUGUCUAUGAGGAGAGAAGCACUGCCCCUCCUGCCAAUGAUACUAUCGUAGUGGAGCAGUGGACCGUCAUCGAGGGUUCUGAUGUGAAGACAGAUUACGGGCCACUCCUUCACACACUGGCUGAGUUCGGCUGGCUGCUCACCUGUGUCCUGCCCACACAUAUCAUCCGCUAUGACAGUGAUGGUAACCUGGCAACCAAGCAUGUGGUGUUCCUACAGAGACCAAUCAAGACCUCUUCAAUACCACAGAGCAACCAUGCUGGGUCCAUUCAGAGCGACGUGUCCACUCACUCUGUGAGUCAAGGUGUGGGCAGCCCCCUAACACCCCCCAAUAUGGAGUUGUCCACCACCGCUGGGGGUAUCGGGGGGUUCCCUGUCUUCGGAGGGGGGUACCCCAGCACCCUGUCCCACCUAGAGGGGGGCUUCGAGCACGAUGACGGGGCGGCAGAGGUGACCUGCAUGUGACCCCUGAAAUGGACACACACAUAUAUACACCCCCCAUCUAUCCCUCUAAUCGCUUCCCUAACCAAGAAGACUAGAAAAGCAAAACUUGGCACUUUUUUAAAAUUAUUAUGUGGCCAUAUUUACAAUUUUGAGAUGGUGUUAUUUCCAUUUUUAUACAUUUUGUUGGGAAAAGCAAGCUGUAGAGACACUUUUGUUCGUGCACUUAUUAGUCCAGAUUCACACAUCACAUCUCAUCGUUCACACAGCACCUUGUCAUAUGAUGAGAAAGAACACACACACACAUUCACACAACUGUGACCAGCAGAAAGCAUAGGACAUCUCCACAGUGACUGGGGGAACCAGGAAGAAGCUUCCAUGCAGACACACACAGACCACUGGCUUGAACUCUGACCAACUACACACCUGGUUGUUGGAACGUGACCCCAUGUUUUGGGACCCCCUCCCCCAAACACCUCCGUUCAAUACAACUUUAUUUAUCUCCUCAUCCUCUGACGUGUAACAUCUAACCUACUCCGGCUCAAGGUGACACGGGCCAAACGCACAGCUACAUUGGGUUGAAUACAUUGUAGUGCAGCUGACUAGGUAUUCCCUUUCCUGCCACCAGCUCCUCCCCCGUUGUCUCAAACACACCCAGCUGGAUGGAAAUGUACCAGGCGGAUAAAUACACACUCGCUGUUUGUUGGUGCUACUGUCCAGGGCCUUGCAGCGUUCAGUAAUAUUAUUCAAACAGACCUCUUUCUGGGAUAGUUGUAAAACUAGGGGUGUUUGAGUUCAGGCCCGGAGAAGAUUAUUUGUACAGUAAUUGCAUGGGUGAGUUUUAUUUAUUUCCAUAUACCGGACUGCCAAGCCACAGGGUUGCCUGGGUAACAUACUGAACCUUCUCUAGAUAUGUACAUCAGGGCUAUAAAUGUAUUGUCUGAUUGGUGCUUAAAUCUAUUGUUCACUGAUCUGUUCAGGAUGUCAUCAUUAGUGUGCAUUUUCAUUCAUUGGCAUAAGAUCAAUACCUAUUCUAUUCCUGCACCUAUUGUCAUUUAGAAAUAGCUGGUAGUUAUUUUAUAGCCACAUGGUACUGGUUAUCAGGCCUCAAUUGUUUUCAUUCUGCCCAGUGAUGAUUCCUUUCCUCAGUUCUUCAGACAAAAGCCCUAUUGUGUUACUAAGGGAGGUGACAUUUGUUUAAUAAUACUAUUAAAGUGAAACAAAGCGUUUGUUGUGCAAGAGAACACCACGAUGCUGUAGAUGUUAAAUAGUAUUACUAGAGGUGGACAUUUGUAGUUAUACAAUACAGGUUUAUGAGCCCCCUUGUUUUGGGGAUGGUGAAACAAAUCAGUAUUAUUUACCUGUUGCAGUGUUUUCAUGUGAGAAUUUGUAAUAUUUUGCUUCCU